UGGGACAGACGAAAGUAAACCUUACAGUACAGCACUACUAUUAAUAAAAUACUUUCAAACAAAGGAAGUUACUUAAGAAAGAAAUUACACUUCGAAAUUUUUUUUUAUUAUUUGUUUUAGUGUUUUAAGACGUAUUUUGAGUCACUCUUACUUCGGUGUCAAGGAGUUAGUGUUGUGCGCGGUCAGAGUGUGGUGUCUUAACUCCAGCUUUUAGAUAACUGAAGGACAUAGUUUAUCCGGGAAUGUUUUCUGAUUUUGAUGCUAGCGAAAGUCACAAAAGGAAGGCAGUUAUUGUGAAUUCAUCACAAAAGCCAUGGCUAACUGGUUCCUGUCUAAAUGGAAAAUCUGGGUACUGCUUCCACUAGUCUUGGACUAUGUUGCUGUCGCCCAAAAUGUGAAGUCCACAAGAUGGCCUCUGUACCCUCAGAAGCCUUUGCUCUUAGCCUGGAAUGCCCCCACAGAGGACUGCGGGCACCGCCAUGGCAUUCGAUUUCAGCUGGAUCAGUUCCAGAUAGUGGCUUCAACCAAUGAGGGUUUCACCAAACAGGACCUCACCAUUUUCAAUAAAGACCGCCUGGGCUUGUACCCAUACUUUGCAUUGGACGGCACCCCAGUUAAUGGUGGCCUUCCCCAAAUCGCCAGCCUUUCUCAUCACCGUGAGAGGAUGCCCAUCGGCAUUGAGAAAUAUAUUCAUGACCCAGCGGCACGGGGCCUCGCUAUCAUAGACUGGGAGGAAUGGCGUCCUCUGUGGAUCCGCAACUGGGACACCAAGAACAUCUACAGGAACCAGUCACGUCUCUUGGUAUCCAAGAAGAACCCGACCUGGGAGAACACCCAGGUGAGCAAAGUGGCCCAGCAGGAGUUUGAGAUGUCGAGUCGCACUUUCAUGCUGGAGACCCUGCGGCUGGCCAAGAGCCUGCGGCCCAACCAGCUGUGGGGCUUCUAUCUUUUUCCUGACUGCUACAACCACAACUAUCGCAACAGUUUGGACAGCUACACGGGCCGCUGUCCAGACCCAGAGGUGGCGCGGAACGACCAGCUGAAGUGGCUGUGGACGGAAAGCACAGGCCUCUUCCCAUCCAUCUACAUUGGCUCGGUGCUCCGCUCCACGCCUUUCGCUCGCCAAUUCGUCCGGAACAGGGUGAAGGAGGGAAUGAGGGUGGCGUCACUGGGUGAGGGACCUGCACGUCCGGUUUUCGUGUACACCCGCCCCACGUAUGCCAAUGAGAUGGAGCUGCUUACUGAGACUGACCUAGUGUCCACCAUCGGAGAAAGUGUUGCACUGGGAGCUGCUGGCAUCAUACUCUGGGGAGAUGCCAGUUACACCAGAAGCAACGCCAGCUGCUCCAGUCUUGACCAGUACCUGCGUGGCCCGCUGGGCCGAUACCUCCUCAAUGUGUCCACGGCAGCCGAGCAGUGUAGCCGCUCCGCAUGCAGCGCCCAAGGCCGCUGCCUGCGCCGACGGCCCGACACGGACACGUACCUGCACCUCAACCCCCGGAGCUACACCAUAGUGGCCCAGGAGAGCCAACUGGCUGUCAGGGGCCAAAUGGGUGCAGAGGAGCUCAAGAGUAUGAAGGAGGACUUUGUGUGCCAGUGCUUUAGUGGCUACCAGGGGGACAGCUGUGAGCUUCAGGACCCCCUGCAGCAGAAGGGGAGGGGAAACAGACGGCAGGCAGCGUUGUUGUUCUGCCUUUUGCCACUGCUGCUCACUGUAUGAGGCUGAAUAAGCUGAGCUCAGUGCAUGACGGACACUCACAUACUGCUGUAGAGAUUUAAACACUUAUGUUUUUAUAACACUAUACAGUGUGCUCUUGAAGCCACUUUGCUGUAUCAUUGCCUGCGCCUCUUUCACAUGUGUUUUAUGUGGUUGUUGUAUUAUAAUAUCAGUGCUACAUCGUACGAAUGUUAUUUUGGAGCACUGUAGACAGAAUGUGCAGUAUGGAAGAUAUGUGCAUUGAAAUUUGCUAUGCAUUGUGAAAUUCAGGUUUGAUUGUGAAUGCUAGUGUUCAAAGCAAAACUCUUAAGUUUAAAUAUGCACUUUUGUUUGUCACAUUUAUGGAUCCACUAGGGACGCCAUCAUCAGCUGAAGGAAAUUGAAGAUAUUGAGCAUAAUAACAGUAUUUCUCUAUAAUUACAGAUAGUGGUGCUCCUAAGUGAUGCACUUUUAUCUUUAUGGGGUAGUGUAGAAAUAUUCUCUGAUUCCGAUUGAAUGAGUGAAGCAGCAUCUCACAUGCCAAGACACGUUAUAUUUUUAUAUUUUAUAUGUUGCGUUUAUAUUUUGUGUUAUAUUUUAUAUUUUGUGUUGCUGUAAGGUGGUGAGACUAUCACUAAUUUACCAAAAGACUACUACUAAAGGAGUACUGUUGCUGUUUUUUAGGUUUACAUUCUUAGUCUCUUGUUCUCUCUCUCGUACAAAACAUGCUGUACUUUGGGAUGCCCCGUGUUGGCCUUUUCUUUUGUUUCUGUGGAAUAUCUGGGGUGAACCAACUGCUGUCUGUUCAGGUCAAACCAUGGCAAAAUGAACAUUUACAGUGUUAAAUGUCUCCUUUUUGUUCUAUUUAAUAAAUGUCUUUUUUAGGCACCUGGUAGA